CCUACUUCCCCACUUAUUUCGUUUACGUCCUUAGCUGGGGCAUCAAUUUGUUUAUUUAAUCCCUGUACUUUUUAUAAAAAUGUUAUUUGUGGCCCAUCAUGAAUAUAUAGAUAAUCGCCACAAUUAAUAAUGCAAUGAAGAUAAGAUGACAAUUGAGAUAAGAGGGAAUGAACCUUAAGAUAUUUUUACAUUCCAAACACUCAAACAGGGAGGAUCAUUUCUGAUCGAGUAUGUUUUCUGGUUUCUUUCGUCAUGCUCUCAGUAUUCUCUUGCUCUUUAACUUGAUCUUGGUUUUCUUCGGACUAGUAUUUAUUGCUUAGGAUUUGGAAUAGUGACAAGUAAAGACAAAUCACAACUCACGGUCAUCCAAUUCCAAGAAUAGAGUUCAUUUCUUACGAUUUGGAAUAGUGUCAACACAACUCACGGUCAUCCAAUUCCAAGAAUAGAGCUUUACAAGGCAGCAGCUUCGAAACCAGAGGAAUAUUCAGAAAGGGAAAGCAAAUGUAAGGGGGAGAUAACAGAGAAGCGCAUAUAAAGAAGAAAAGAAAUGGAAAAUUGGAGUAGUUGGCGGUGAAGAAUAGGAGUUUUCCUCAUUCUUAGUUUGUCUCACACCAAAGAGAUGUAAUUGUACCUAGUACAAGAAAAUCAAGGUCAAAGCAUGGACGCUGUGUCAUCCGCACUACUAGAGCCAGUAACUAAUUCUGUGUUGGAUCUGCUUAAAAAGCAAGUGGAUUACAUCCGUUACAGGCGAAACUUUGAUGAACUAGACGAGUGUGUUAAGCAGCUUAAACAUAAAAAGGAGAUAGUAGAUCAUCAAUGUGAGGAAGCUGUCAAAAAUGGACACGAAAUUGAAGGUAAGGUUAGAGAAUGGUUAGGGAAAGUGGGUAAAUUUGAGACAGAAGUGGAGAAGUAUUGGAACGAUGAUGGCCACAAAAAGACACGGUUUUCCAACUAUUUAUUUCCUUACUUUAGGCAUAGACUAGGCAGACUAGCAAAGAAGAUGGCAGUUGAGGGUAAAAAGAUAACCGAUGAUUGCCCCAAGUCUGAUGAAAUUGCCUAUCGGGUAUACGUAACAUCUAAUGAUGCCAUUUUGUCUAAUAAUGACCUUAUGGAUUUUGGUUCUAGAAAAUCCAUAAUGGAACAAAUAAUGGCAACACUUGUUGAAGAUCCCACUGUGAAAAUGAUUGGAGUGUAUGGACGAAGUGGGGUGGGUAAGAGCACUUUAAUCAAAGCAAUUGCUAAAAUUGCUCGAGACAAGAAGUUGUUUAAUGUGGUGGCUUUUUCAGAAAUAACAGACAACCCCAAUCUAAAACAAGUCCAGGAAGAUAUUGCUUACCCUUUGGGAUUGAAAUUGGAAGGAGAAGGUGAGAAUGUAAGAGCUGAUAAUCUACGAAGGAGGUUAAAGAAAGAGAAAGAGAACACCCUUAUAAUCUUGGAUGACCUUUGGGACAGAUUAGACUUGAAUAGGUUGGGAAUUCCACUUGAUGGUGAUGUUGAUGAUAAUGAUUUAAGCAAGAAGACAAAUAGUGAUAAUCAGGGUCCCCAAGGGCCGACAAAAGAAAAAUCUCUUGGUGAUUAUAAGGGUUGCAAAAUUUUGCUAACUUCAAGGAAACAAAAUGUAUUAACGGAUAAAAUGGAAGUUAAAUUAACUUUCUGUGUAGAGGAAUUAGAUGAAAAAGAUGCUCUGAAGUUGUUUCGGAAGGAGGCUGGAAUACAUGGUGAAAUGUCCAAGUCUAAACAAGAAAUUGUUAAGAAGUAUUGUGCUGGGUUACCUAUGGCAAUAGUUACAGUUGGAAGGGCAUUAAGAGACAAGAGCGACUCAGAGUGGGAAAAACUUAAAAACCAAGACCUGGUGGGAGUUCAGAAUCCGAUGGAGAUUUCUGUAAAAAUGAGUUAUGACCAUCUAGAAAAUGAGGAGCUCAAGUCCAUUUUCUUUCUUUGUGCUCAAAUGGGUCAUCAACCCCUAAUUAUGGACUUGGUGAAGUAUUGCUUUGGUUUGGGAAUACUUGAAGGGGUUUACUGGCUUGGGGAAGCUCGGGACAGAAUAUCUACAUCAAUCAAAAAGCUGAAAGACUCAGGUUUGGUGUUGGAUGGAAGUUCUAGUAUUCAUUUCAAUGUGCACGAUCUGGUUCGAGAUGCUGCUUUAUCUAUAGCACAGAACGAGCAAAAUGUAUUUACUUUGAGAAAUGGGAAACUUAAUGAUUGGCCUGAACUCAAGAGGUGCACUUCUAUUUCUAUAUGCAAUAGUGAUAUCAUUGAUGAGCUUCCUAAUGUUAUGAACUGUCCUCAACUUAAAUUUUUCCAAAUUGACAAUGAUGAUCCAUCUUUAAAAAUACCUGAGAGUUUUUUUAAGAGAAUGAAAAAACUCAGAGUGUUAAUAUUGACUGGCUUUCAUCUAUCAAGCUUACCAUCUUCAAUUAAGUGCCUAUCAGACCUCAGAUUGCUUUGUUUGGAGCGAUGCACUUUAGAUGACAACUUAUCCAUCAUAGGGAAGCUGAAAAAAUUAAGAAUUCUCAGCUUUUCUGGAUCUCGAAUUGAAAAUUUGCCAGCUGAGUUGAAGGACUUGGAUAAACUACAAUUACUAGACAUCAGCAAUUGUUCAAUAGUCACCAUGAUUCCACCUAAUCUUAUAUCAAGGUUGACUUCGUUGGAAGAGCUGUAUGUAAGAAAGUGUUUCAUGGAAGUGUCGGAGGAAGGAGAGAGAAACCAAAGUCAAAAUUCAUUUAUUUCUGAACUAAAGCAUUUGCAUCAAUUGCAAGUGGUGGACUUAAGCAUUCCAUGUGCUGAAUUUUUUGCAAAGGAAUUGUUCUUUGACAACUUAAGUGAUUACAAGAUUGAGAUUGGGAACUUCAAAACUCUUUCAGCUGGAGAUUUCAGAAUGCCUAAUAAGUAUGAAAAUUUCAAAUCUUUGGCAUUGGAGCUGAAGGAUGACACUGACAAUAUUCACUCUCAGACAGGAAUAAAGUUGUUGUUUGAAACAGUUGAAAAUUUGUUGUUGGGAGAGCUGAAUGGUGUUCAAGAUGUUAUUAAUGAGUUGAAUUUGAAUGGAUUUCCACAUCUGAAACACUUUUCCAUCGUAAACAACCCUAGCAUCAAAUAUAUCAUCAACUCAAAGGAUUUGUUUUAUCCUCAGGAUGUUUUUCCCAAGUUGGAAUCUCUAUGUCUCUACGAACUAAAAGAGAUAGAGAUGAUAUACUUUAGUUCAGGUACAGAGAUGAUAUGCUUUAGUCCAUUUACAGAUUGCUCGUUCACCAAAUUAAAAACGAUCAAGGUCGAGAAGUGUGACCAAUUGAAGAAUCUUUUCUCCUUUUGCAUGGUUAAAUUGCUUGUGAGUCUUGAAACAAUUGGUGUUUCCGAUUGUGGUUCUUUAGAGGAGAUCAUUAAAAUACCUGACAAUUCUAAUAAGAUUGAGUUUCUUAAGUUGAUGUCUUUGUCACUUGAAUCAUUAUCAUCAUUCACUAGUUUUUAUACCACAGUAGAGGGGUCUUCUACAAACAGGGAUCAGAUACAAAUUACUGUUAUGACUCCUCCUCUUUUUGGUGAACUGGUUGAAAUACCAAACUUAGAGAACUUGAGUUUAAUCUCAAUGAACAAGAUCCAGAAGAUAUGGAGCGACCAGCCCCCGUCAAACUUCUGCUUUCAAAACUUAAUAAAAUUAGCUGUGAAUGAUUGUCAUAAUUUGAGAUAUUUGUGUUCAUUGUCCGUGGCCAGCAGCUUGAGGAAACUGAAAGUCCUCUUUGUAAGAAAAUGUCAAAUAAUGGAGAAGAUUUUUAGCACAGAAGAAGGAAAUAGCGCAGACAAGGUCUGCGUCUUUCCUAAGUUGGAGGAAAUCCACCUCGACUGCAUGCCUAAGUUAAGUGCUGAAGUGAGUGCUGAAGUGCAUGUUUGAUUACCAAAUAAUGGUUUGACAUAUGGCAAGCUGAAGUGAGUGCUGAUUCCUUUUCUAGUCUCACUUCUGUGUACAUUCGUAGUUGCAAUAAACUAGACAAAAUUUUU